AUGCGGUCGAUACAUUUCCAAACACAGCUAUCAUCUGUUAGAGUAUGCAUACAUCAAUUAUUUCCAGUUCGUAUCAACUGUAUCGUAAUAAACUAUCGAAGGAAAAUAUGGGAGACGACGACACCGCGUGCAAAUACGACUAUUGGGCUGAUACUGGGUUACUUUAGAACCUCGUACGGAGGCCGUCGUUUCAAAGCCUUUGAAGGAAUACCCUAUGCAGAACCCCCAAUCGGAAAAUUGAGAUUUGAGGUUCCCAAGCCUGUCUCACGAAAACCGGGCGUUAUUGAGGCCAAACAAUAUGGAUCUCCAUGUUUGCAAUACGCCUCAAAAGCUGGAAGUACAGACGUAAAAUUAUUCGGUUCCGAGGAUUGUCUGUUUUUAAACGUUUUUGCCCCGAUAAUAAAUUCCUCGAAUUCACUACUACCGGUUAUAUUCUUCAUUCACGGAGGUAGUUUUAGGUUCGGUGCCGGUUCGCAGUACCAACCUGACUAUUUACUCGACUGGAAUGUAGUACUGAUUACCAUCAACUACAGACUGGGACCUCUGGGUUUUCUGAGUACGCAGGACGACGUCGUGCCCGGAAACAUGGGGCUGAAGGAUCAAAUGGUCGCGAUGCGUUGGGUGAAGGACAAUGUCCGGUAUUUUGGCGGAGACCCGUCGCAGAUUACGAUCGUUGGUCAGAGCGUCGGAGGUGUGAGCGUGCAAUAUCACUACCUUACGAACAUCACAUCAGACUUAUUCCAAAGUGGGUAUAACCGAGUGAUUCCAAAGUCUAUCGUCACGUUGUAUCCAGCAGACGUCGAUUUUAUUGACGAGGAUUUCUUUUCAUUCGUAGGAGGAAUGUCGAUUAGCGGAAACCCGCUGAAUCCUUGGGGUUUAGUCAAGAAUCCUCUACAAAAGUCCCAGAAACUUGGUGGGAUUUUCGGGUGCCCGAUUAACAACACUCGAAGUUUGGUCAACUGUUUGAAAGUGCAAUCCGCGGAGCAGAUCACACUGGCCAUCACAAAGUUUGUUACGUAUUUGGCCAGCCCCGAGACUCCGUUUGGAGCAUCGGUUGAGGAAGGAUCAAGCAAUGACUUCAAGUUCAUCGAUCGGCCUCCCAUCGACUCACUGGCCAAUGGGCUUGUACAAAAUAAACCAUGGAUCACAAGUAUCACGGAUGAGGAUGGUCUAAUCCCAACGGCUCAAUUCGUGAACAAUGGAAUGGCGCUUACGGACUUGGACAGAAAUUGGGCAAUGAUUGCACCCACCUUGAUGCAGUACACUGACACCAUUCCCGAAACACGGAAAUCCGAAGUCGCCAAGUUGAUAAGAGAACACUACCUUGGUUCGAAACGGAUCGAUAGAUCAUCUGCUCCGAAUCUGACUCAAAUGGCCACUGAUCGACUGUAUGGCUAUAAGACAGAAGCAAGUGCCAGGUUGCAGGCACGAGCCGCCGAGAGCCCCGUUUGGGUUUAUUACUUUUCUUACCGAGGGGCCCAUAGUGUCAGCGAACUCUACGCUGACAACAACAAGAACUACGGAGUCGCGCACUUUGACGAUGUCGCGUACGUCCUGAAGUCGUGGUUCGAUCCAACGACAACCGAGCGAGACCGAGAGAUGCAAAAGAAGUUGAUCGAUCUCUGGGUAUCAUAUGCUAGCAACAGUAAGCCCAACGUGGGUGUCGAGUGGUCUAGGCUGAAUCCAUGCAAGACGAACUUCUCUUAUCUUCAAAUAGCUGGACCCAGUGACAUAAGCAUGAAAGGUAGUACAAACUUCGGGGACAAAAUAUUCUGGGAAUCUAUCAAUUUUCAAGGGGAUAUGAUAUCACUGGAUUGA